AUGGAUAGUAGUCCAAGGUGUCCUUUUGGAUUUUAGACAGAACCAAGCAAUGAUUCACCUGUGAAGAAAGUUAGUUUUAAGGAAUUUCUUAUUCAGAGAUAGAGUGUUCAUAAAUCCUCAUUACCUACAGUUGUCUAACAAAAAAAUAGGAGAUGGGAAAAACAAUUAAGUUCUUUAUUGUCACCUGAGAUUCUUUCUUUUAGACAAGUGCAAUCAAAUCAGCAAAUACCUUUAAAUGAAAUAGUGAAAGUAGCGAGAAUCACCAAUACAAAAACUAACAAUGAGUACAAUUUAAUAUUAUUGUAGUAAAGAACAAGAAUUUAAGAAAACUAAAUCAGAAUCAUUAUAAAUACCAAUGCUCAACAUUCCUAUGAUGCCAACAAAUGGAUUUUUCAAAUUUCAACCCCAACAUCGAAUGAGAAAAACUGGAAUGUAUAGUCUGAGAAAUUGUAAUGAAUAAUUAGAAUAAAUCAACAGAAAAUAAAAGUCCAAUGUUAACAACUUUUCACUGCCCUAAUUAACGCAGGAAGAGAUUAUUACCCAAUUUUUCCAAACGAAAUUUUAAAAGUCAAAUGAAAAUGAUGUAAAUUGAUCAUUCAUACAUAAUUUAGGAAUUACAACAUAAACCUAUUGGGUCCAGUGCGAGAUUGGAUUAUGAGGCAAACAUUCUUUUCACUAAGAUCACUUCCGAUUACACCUUAUAUUAAAAAUACAAAGGAAGACACAUCAAACAUUUGAAAGAAGUUUAUCGCAGUUUAUUAGGUGUUGGGUAUGACAAGGAAAUAAUGAUGGACCCUGGAAGACUAAAAAGCAUUCAUUCCUAAUUAAAUAUAAAAAAUGAUUAGUUUUUAAGAUUUAAAUACUUAUUCAUAAAUUAGUUUCUCGAAAUGGAAACUCCUUUAGAUUUAUUUUUUAAGGGUUGUCACAAAAUAGAAAGCUUCAAACCUUUAGUUUUAAAUAAGGUAUGCUAAUCAAAAUUAAUUUAUAGCCUCUAGAUUUCGAAAUCUAUGGUUAGGAUGUAGGAAUUAAGAAAAUCACAGAAUCUAUGUAUGAUAAAAUAUUCAAAGAUUAUACACUUUCUCCAUAUUUCAUAUUGAUAGACAAGGAAACUCAAGCAAAGAAAUUCUCUCGUUUAUUUGCACAAUUGAUAGAUCACACUGACUCUCCCAACUAUACUCUAGAGAUAUUAAGAGAAAGACAUAUUUAAUAUAAUUUAACUUUAGUUUAGUUUGCAAAUUUUAAAUUUUAUCUUUCAAUGACUUUGCAAUAGCAAUAAAUAGGAUUCAAACAUAUAAGAUCAUUGUUGAGAAAAAUGGACACUUACAAAUAUGCGAUUUUGAACAAGGAGAGUUUGUAAGAAACGAUCAAUGCUUUUGGAUAUAGAGAAUUUAUUGAUGGGUUGGUGAAGUAAUGUUAAACUGAACCAAUCUUAUACGAAUUAUUUAAUAAGCGUGGUAAGUAUAGAUUUACAGCUCAUUGUGAAAAUAUGAUACACUUUUUUUUUCGUGACAAUGUCAAAUCUAUAACAGAUCAAGACAUUGAAUAAGUACAUAAAUGCAAUGCAGUCAUUUCAGAGAAGGUUUUUUCAAAAAUUAAAGAACACACCUUUUAAGCUCUAAUGAAAAUUACAAAGGACUCUCUUAUACUCUCUGAUUUUGAAGAAGAUUGGGAGGAAAUCAAACCAUUUAUAAUGAACAAAUCAAAAAAGCAAAUCGUGAAAUAAUUGGGAGGAUAAACUUUUAUCAAUAACCUUGCUUCCACUUUGGCUUUUGAAAUGCAACAAAGACCUCAAUUAAACAAAGUCUUUGAGGUAAUUCUUAAGUCAAUUAUUAUAAUAGGACAAUGAUACAUGUGUAGCCCAAAAUUUGAAAUGCAAAUUGAAUUUAAUGCUUUAUGGAAUUCAUUUUUAUAAGAAAACAGAGUUGGAAGUGCUUCACAAAAGAUUAAAAAUAUCAGAAUAAGUUUACUUUGAAUUUUAAUAAGUAAAAGUCCCAUUAAUAUAUAAGGCCACUAAACAUGUGCUUGAAAAUUUUCCUAAAUUGUAAUGGUUAAAUAAGGUAUUGGAAGACUAUAAAAAGCAUAUUGUUUCUGAUUUUUGAUGAUAACUUUAC